CUUUUCUUAAUGUCCCCAAGUUACCACCAACUCGCAGACUUUUCCAAGUUCUUGAAGAUCAUCCAAGAUGAGCAAGGAACAGCCACGGAGGCCUCUAGAUGAGACGGAAGAACCCAUCAACUACGGCGACGUUUUCAACGUCUCAGGCGAGCUCUCGUCCAAGCCCAUUGCACCGCAGGACGCCGCCAUGAUGCAGACCGCUGAGAACAUGGUGCUCGGACAGACCCAGAAGGGCGGACCGGCCGCUGUCAUGCAAGCCGCCGCGACUCGAAACGAGAGAGCCGGUCUUGUCGGUCACCGCGAGUUUAGUGACGUCGCCGGAGACCAAGGCGUCAAUGUUACACAGAUCGAUUCCCCUGGCAGACGCACAAUCACCGAAUCAGUUGCUGGACAAGUUGUUAGGAGGUAUGUGCAACCAGCACCGGUGGAACAAACGGCGGUUGAGGUUAUCCAACAGAGCGCAAUAACUAUAGGGGAAGCACUGGAAGCCAGUGCACAGUCAGCAGGAAACAAGGCGGUGGAUCAGAGUGACGCGUCGGCAAUUCAAGCUGCAGAGAUAAGAGCAACGGGUACUAAUGCCAUUACCCCUGGUGGGCUCGCCGCCACGGCUCAGUCGGCAGCGACUUACAAUGCCCGAUUUGAUCGGGAUGAAGAUAAGAUUAAGCUCCGCGAUGUUUUGACGGGAGCAACGACGAAGUUGCCGGCGGACAAGGCAGCGACUCGGCAGGAUGCGGAAGGAGUGGUGAACGCCGAGCUAAGGAACAAUCCGAUUCAGGCGACUCAUCCGGGCGGAGUGGCGGCGUCGGUGUCGGCAGCUGCUAGGCUCAACGAGAACGUAAAUGUUUGAUCAGGUUGAAAUUUAGGCCCCCCGGAGUGUUAUUUCCAAUACUUGGACAAUAAAAGUUGCAGUGAAAUCCCGUGUGUAUGCAGUUAACUAUUAUGGUUCUGUAAUUAUGGUGUUCAAUGUAUGUGUUUCUUUGACAUUAA